GAUAUUUAAGUCCGAAGAGUUUUUGAAUAUUUUAAGCACAGCUUUGGGAAGCUAAAUAAAUGAAAAUAAUAAAUAUAACUAACACAAACGAAUACCAACCUAAAAAAUUUGCUUUAAUUUAAUUGCAGUUCAAAAUUGCUCAAAAUUAAAUGCAUAAAAUUGUCGGACACUUGAAAAGAGCUUAGCAGAGUGCCGAGCAAAAAACCGAAUAAAAUAAAAAUAUAUUAAAAUUAUAAACAGCUUAAGCGACAACUUGCAGCAGACGCUGACCAAAAACCAUAAACCAAGACAAAAACCAACUGCUCACAUACACUUACACACACAUACGCUCGCACAUGUGUGCGUGCGUGUGUGACAUAUACAACUGGAAACAACAGUGAUCAAAAAAAGCGAGAAUAACUUUACUUCAAAGUUGCAUGCACAGGGGCUUAAUGUUUGCCAGUUUUUGGUUUAGCUUUUGGUUGUGUGUGUCAUAGAGUGUGCAAACCUGUGCGUGUGUGUGUAUGUGUCUGCGUGUGUGGCUUUAGCCCAUGCGUUGACAAGCAGCUGCAAAAAGAAGUUGCCAUAAAUGAACUGCAGUGUUAAGCGAGCUUUGGAACUUUUAGAACAAAACAGACACAAAUAAAUUACAAGUCGUUUUUUGUUAAGUGAAUUACUUAUUACACACCCACACACAUAAACACACACGCUCCUAUACCUAAAUAACACCAUUAAACAUGGGUCGCAAAAAGAAGCAACCGAUGGGCUUGCCGCCCGGUGGCGCCUCUGGUGGCGCCCCUAAAACUGUGGGCGGCUGUUGUGUGCCGCUGGGAUUACCGCAACCUUUGCUACUCGAGGAGAAGAAAUUUUUGCUGGCCGUCGAGCGUGGCGAUAUACCGAAUGUGCGCAGGAUACUGCAAAAAGCACUGCGGCACCAGCAUAUCAAUAUUAACUGCAUGGACCCGUUGGGCAGACGCGCCUUAACGCUGGCCAUAGACAACGAGAAUCUGGAGAUGGUCGAGCUGCUUGUUAUCAUGGGCGUGGAGACAAAGGAUGCCCUGCUGCAUGCCAUCAAUGCGGAGUUCGUUGAGGCCGUUGAGCUGCUGCUCGAGCACGAGGAGCUCAUUUUCAAGGAGGGCGAGCUCUAUAGCUGGCAGAAGGUGGACAUCAAUACGGCCAUGUUUGCGCCCGAUAUAACGCCGCUGAUGCUGGCGGCGCACAAGAAUAACUUUGAAAUAUUGCGCAUACUCUUGGAUCGGGGCGCUGCGGUGCCUGUGCCACAUGAUAUACGCUGCGGCUGUGACGAGUGUGUUCGUCUCAUGGGCGCGGACUCGCUGCGGCACUCGCUUUCGCGUGUGAAUAUCUAUCGGGCGCUGUGCAGUCCUUCGCUCAUUUGCCUGACCUCCAGCGAUCCCAUACUGACAGCCUUUCAGCUGUCUUGGGAGCUGCGCAAUCUGGCCCUUACCGAGCAGGAGUGCAAGUCGGAGUAUAUGGAGCUGAGGCGUCAGUGCCAGAAGUUUGCUUGCUGCCUGUUGGAUCAGACGCGCUCCUCCAAUGAGCUGGCCAUUAUAUUGAACUACGAUCCGACUAUAUCUAGCUAUGAGCCGGGCGAUCGCAUGAGCCUCACGCGGCUUGUACAGGCCAUAUCCUAUAAGCAGAAAAAGUUCGUGGCCCAUUCGAAUAUACAACAAUUGCUGUCAUCGAUUUGGUAUGACGGACUGCCUGGCUUCAGGCGCAAGAGCAUCGUGGACAAGUUCAUCUGCAUAGCACAGGUGGCUAUACUGUUUCCCCUCUACUGCUUCAUAUAUAUGUUCGCACCCAACUGUCGAACGGGUCAAUUGAUGCGAAAACCGUUUAUGAAAUUCCUCGUCCAUGCCUCGUCGUAUGUGUUCUUUUUGUUUAUCCUCAUAUUGGUCUCGCAGCGAGCGGACGAUGAUUUCGUGCGGCUAUUUGGCACGGCACGCAUGAAGGCCGAGCUGGCCGAGCAGGAGCAGCAACAACGUGGACAGGCGCCCAGCAAGCUGGAGCUACUGGUGGUGCUCUACGUGAUUGGGUUCAUGUGGGAGGAGGUGCAGGAGAUAUUUGCCGUGGGCAUGAAAAACUAUUUGCGUAACAUGUGGAACUUUAUUGAUUUUCUGCGCAACAGCCUCUACGUGAGCGUCAUGUGUCUGCGCGCCUUUGCCUACAUACAGCAGGCAACGGAAAUCGCAAGCGAUCCACAGAUGGCCUAUAUACCGCGCGAGAAGUGGCACGACUUUGACCCGCAGCUGAUUGCCGAGGGUCUCUUUGCGGCAGCGAAUGUCUUCUCGGCGCUGAAGCUGGUGCAUUUGUUCAGCAUUAAUCCGCAUUUGGGUCCGCUGCAAAUCUCGCUGGGUCGCAUGGUCAUCGAUAUUGUCAAAUUCUUCUUCAUCUACACUCUGGUGUUGUUCGCCUUUGCCUGUGGACUAAAUCAGCUGCUCUGGUACUUUGCUGCGCUCGAGAAGAGCAAGUGCUAUGUGCUGCCCGGCGGUGAGGCGGACUGGGCCUCACAUGGCGACUCCUGCAUGAAAUGGCGACGCUUUGGCAACCUCUUUGAGUCAUCGCAGUCGCUUUUCUGGGCCAGCUUUGGCAUGGUGGGCCUCGAUGACUUUGAGCUGACCGGCAUCAAGUCGUACACUCGUUUCUGGGGCCUGCUCAUGUUUGGCUCCUACAGCGUCAUCAAUGUGAUUGUUUUGCUGAAUCUACUUAUAGCCAUGAUGUCCAAUUCCUAUGCCAUGAUUGAUGAGCACUCGGACACUGAGUGGAAGUUUGCACGCACCAAACUCUGGAUGAGCUACUUUGAGGACAGCGCCACGCUGCCGCCGCCUUUUAAUGUGCUGCCCUCGGUUAAGUGGCUCAUUAGGGUGUUUAGAAAGUCCAGCAAGACCAUAGAUCGGCAGCGUUCCAAGAAACGUCAGGAACAGGAGCAGUAUAACAAAUAUGAUAAUAUCAUGCGCUCCCUGGUCUGGCGUUAUGUUUCGGCCAUGCAUCGCAAAUUUGAGAACAAUCCGGUCACAGAGGAUGACAUCAACGAGGUCAAGAGCGAGAUAAGCACCAUGCGCUAUGAAAUGUUGGAGAUAUUCGAGAACAGUGGAAUGGAUGUGUCGUCGGCCAACAAGAAGGAGAAGCAUCCACGACCUCGUCGCAUGAAAGUCUGGGAACGGCGCCUGAUGAAGGGCUUCCAUGUGGCGCCCGUGCAAACGAGCAGCGAUUCGGAUCUGCUCAGCAAUGUGAACGGCGAGGGUGAAAUGCGAGAGGUCAAAGUGGAAACAGCGCCCUCAAAGCCAGCCAAGGAGACGGCACGGGAACGUUUCCAGCGCGUCGCACGCACCGUACUGUUGCAGUCAAGCACUCACAAGUGGAACGUGGUGCUGCAGGGCACGCUGCAAAACUCGCAGAUUGGUCGCAGCACCAAGUACCAACGCAAGAAUCUGCACAACCUGGGCAAGGCCAUCGAGGAGGCCAAGAAGCUCAUUUUGCUCAAUCCUGGCUGCACCUCCGGUCGGGAAUCGCCCAUACGCAUCGAGUUUGAGGACGAGAAGACCAGCACAUUGCUGGAGCUGCUCAAUCAGAUCAGCGAGGAGAUCAAUCUCUCUGAGCGGCAACGUGUCAAGUCCUGCUGGCGGCCACCGCUUCGAACUGUGCCCGCACGUGCGCUGGCUGCCAACAACGAGUGGUCCAGAUCCAAUACGGCGCCAGAACUGCAGCUGAAUCGGAAAUUGGCGCCGCAUAGUCGCAGCAGCAGCCGCACACGCGAGCUACCGCUCUGCCCCAGCAAGCUGGCUACGGCUGCUGCACCCGCGGUCAAAAAGAUGGCGCCGGUUGCGCCCACGCCAGCAACCAAAACCACAACAACAGCCAGCAGCAACAAUAGAAACAGGGCUAAGACCACGACGACGCCCUUCUCCGUGGAACUCAACCUAGCUGGACGUGGCAGAGGCCACGUCGCUUCGCAUUGCGUGCCAUCGAGCAAUUCGAAUAAUUUCGAUAUGCAUGUCGUGGAUUUGGAUGAGCGUAGUCCAAGUGGUGCUGCAUUCGAUAAGGAUAACACAUCCGACAUAAGCUCCAUACAGAGCAUGAGUCCCAAGCGGCAAAAUCAUUGAAUGCGUCGCUCGCGUGGCCUCUUGUGAUAAACCCUCAUAAGCACGCAUUGGCUUUAAUAGCACUUAAAGCGUAUACUCUCCAUGCCAUCCAAAAAAUAAUACUAUAUAGCAAUAAAAU